AAAAACAAAUCAUGAAGGUUGUAGGCUCAUUGGGUGUGGCUCUAUGCUUGUUCUUGGUCGUAGGUGUUUUGGUUGAGGUGGUUCAAAUGGCAGAAGGGAACACGACGCCGAGCCAAUGCAAGCAGGAGACGGACCUUCUGGUGAGUGCAUGCAAGAGCGCAGUGAUAAUAGGGCUCAAACCCUCUGCAAACUGCUGCCAACGUGUCAGGGUGACACAUUUCGAGUGUGCGUGCCCUUAUGUCACCCCCAAGGUGGCCAAUCUGAUCCCUCUCGGCCGUACGAUUAAGCAGAUUGAAGGCUGUGGAAGAAGCGUCCCUCGCAACUUCAAGUGCGGCAGUAUCACCACUCCACCAUGAGAAGAAGGACGAAUAUUAUUUCUAGCUACAAGAAUACAUUAUUAUGCUUGAUUAUCAAAUAAAGAGUCAUCUUAAUUAGCUUUCUUUCAAGCUAAGAGUUACAUAAAUUUGAAGUGCACAAUUCAUGUGCACUUAUGUAAUACAUGUAUGACUUUCCUCAAAUAAAAGUGAAUUAUAAGA